AUGGCGGAAACUAAACAUUCCUAUCUUGCAGUAAUCGAUUAUGAGCAAGUGGCUGUGAAAUUAAGUGCACUUGCAAGUUCUCUUAAGCCUCAAGGAAGGGUCUAUUACUUUGUAGUGAAUGCUUUGUGCAGAUUGUUAUUCCAUAGGAAACACCCUAAGAAUUCUUACAAGCAUUAUUUCUUCUCUAAAGUUGGUGACUAUUUUAUUGGAAAUCACGGUCCUAAUGAUAGCAAGGAGAAGGAGCUAUAUGAUAAUGUAGUGAAAUACUUUAAGGGUGCUGGUCAUGCAAGGUCAUUAGCAUACAACCAAUAUAUACCAAACUUGACUACAAUCUGGAGUGAAGUUGUUCAAAUUGACUUUGGGUUCCAUGGAUAUGAAGUUAUCUAUGCAGAUGUACCUCAGCAGACUAAGAACUUUAGCAAUGAUAGUGGUAUCUUUGCGAUGAAGAAUCUAGAGCUUUGGGAGCUAAAUGUCUAUUUGAUGGACAAGUUUUUGGAAGCUGAUAUUGGGCAUCUUCGUAUCAAGUACGUCAAUGACAUGAUUUUCAAUGAAUACAAUAGUUCUGAUGAUGGUCGAUCUAAAGUGAUGAAAUAUGAUGCUGAGUUACCAAUGGUGGAAGUUCACCCUCAGAGGUGGAACUCUUAUCAGGAGCAGCAACCUGUUUGA